GCCGGACCGAUGCGCUCGACAGGUGGCGCCGUUGCCGAGAGAAUAAGGAAAAAUAAUGAGUGACUAAGUAUAGGGAGCUUGAAGAGAAAGGUCUGUCAAGAUGUCGGAGAGCGGUGGUAUAUCAGAUGGUACCGGGAAGGUCCUGACGCUCGAGGACCUUAUUGCGACCAUUGACCGGCAUGAGAGGACUCCCAGCAAUGUCCCUAAGGUUGACACCUUUCACUUCGAUGGAGAAAGAGUCUCAAACUGGCUGGAUCGGGUAGAACAAGCAAUGAUGGGGCUAUCGGAUGCAGUGAAGUUCCAGCGGAUCAUGAGAUAUGUGCUUUAUGGGCACAAUCAAGAGGUGCAGAGGGUGGUCAACGACGCCCACGACGAUUGGGCCAGGUUCAGGGAGGGAAUGCAAAGGAAGUACAGGCUGGGCGAUGACCUACUAACCACGGGGGACCUGGAAGCAAUGAACAAGGAUAACUUCACUACGAUAGGGGCCUUCGUACAAGAAUUUAAGAAGAGGGCAAGGAAGGUCCACAGGAUCUCUGAGGAGACACAGUGUGCCAUCUUUCUGGGACUACUUACUGCGUCGGAGGCCCAUGAGUUGACAGGUCGUGGAGGAGGGACCCCUAAGCUCCGUGAUGGAUUCAAGGGGAGGUUGUCGCGGCGCCUGGUGCCCAACGUCCAUCUGGGUACGAUCCUGCCCAAGGAGGCAGAGUGGGCAGAGUCGGGCACGAAGAUGGAUUGGAAGUGUGUGGCCUGCGGCACACUAGAUUUGGUAGUGAAGGGCUUCAAGUGUACAGCGAUGGUGGACACAGGGGCGGACAUGAAUAUCAUCCGGGAGGCGGAUGCCAUCAGGAAUACGGGGCCGAAGAGCAUAAAGAACCGGCCCAAUCCAGGGUCUUUCACGAUCGAAGAGUCGGAGGGCGAGCGCCGGAGGCUCCGGGCGGAGACAAAAGAGGAAGAGAGGAUUGAAGCAUUCUCCCUUAGCUUGUCGGACGUGGGGAAGGCCAUGGAUAUGGUGGCCGCACAUGAGAUGGCAUAUCCUGAUGCCAUCCAGGUAUUGAGGGAGCAGGUCCUGGAAUGCCCUGAGAUUGAAGCUGAUAUAUCGUCUUCCGGAUGGGGGCGGCUCAAGCAGGGUUCCCAAAGGCGGUACAAGACGGUAGAUCAGAAGUGCCGCCCAGUCCCCGUCCUCGUUACUGAGGACGAGGAGGUGUACUAUGAACGAGAGCGGGGGUUGAUACGGCGGAUGAAGGAGAAAGCCUCAGCAGGGCCAUGCCGCAUCAAUGAAGGGAACGAGGAGCAGUUGAUCAUAUUAGAGUCCGACUUCCUGUUGCCUCAGGAACGAGCCUUGAUGGUGGAGCUAAUGAAGAAGAGGCGUUGCGCCUAUGAGUUCAGCGACGAGGAGCGUGGCAGAGUGGAUGUGGACAAGAUAUCUAUGAUCCGCAUCCAUACCGUGCCGCACGAACCGUGGAAUCUAAGAGGGGCGCGAUAUCCUAAUCCUCACGAGGAAAAGAAGGUGGUGAAUUACCUCGACGACAAGAUACGGACGCAUGUCGCCGAUUACUCGAGUGGGCCGUACACGUCCCCGUGGUCUGACUUUACGAAGACAGCCAUGCCAAGAGGAGGGAAGGGGCCACGGCCGCCACGAAGGCCAUUGGGGACAUCAGGAGAAUAUGAGCAGCAUGGGCCUAGCCAUCGAGAGGGUACUCCGAUGUACGAUAAUGGGGACAUAGAGCUAUUCCUAGACAGUUUCUGGGAGCAUGCGAGGCGUAUAGGCUGGACCGUGGCCCAGGCGAUUGAGAGAUUGAGGGGAGCCGGCAGGUUCGAGGAGCCAUUGCCAGGAUCCGUAGGGAGGCGACGACGAGGCUGGAGGUGGAGGAGAGAAGAGGAGUCGGAGCCUGAGGAUGAGGAGCGAAGGACGUAUCCUGAGUGUGGGCUGGGACCGGUGGAGUUCCGUCAUUUCACCGAGGGUGGAUUGAGGAGGUCGCCAGUGCGCACACAGGAGGAGGCGCCAGCAUCUCUGGGGUCGCUGAGGGAGUUGGAGGCGCAUCUCGACGUCUCUCGAUGGGGAACGUCGCCUCGAGGCGAGGAGCGUGGGAGACAGGCAGAGGAGGUGCCACGAGAGGAGAUACCACGAGAGGAGGUCCGAGAUACUCAGCGAGAGAGAGGGUUGGGCGAUGAGGGGAGACGUGCAGGGAAGGAAGUGAUAAAGGUUGGAGAGGACACGCCCCCUCAGACGCCAGCGGUGGGUUUGAGACUCGGGGAUGCACCAGGGAGCACUCGCCAGGCAGAAGAGGGGUUGCAGAGAGAGGAGGCCCCAUUGCCCUCAUCAGAACAGGCUCCUUCGCCAGAGAGGGGAGCAGAAAGAAGGAGAGAGAUUGUUGUUGUAAGGAGAGAAUCCUUGGCUCUGAUUGACAGACACCUAGCAUCUCAUGCCCUGGAGCACCCGGACCUGGAGGAGCCAGCACCUGCAGAGCCUCGCCAGGAGCCGUGCCAGCCUGAGAGAGAGGUGGAGGCAGAGAUCCCGAAGAGGGUCAACCAUCGCACGAGGGAGAGGGCACCAGCUGGCCAGACAGCAGAGGAAAAGAGGGCGAAAAGAAGCAGGAGAAUAAAAGAGAUAUGGCAAGAGAGGCAGAGAUUGGGGGCAGCGGGGCACUUCCGGAGCAGCAGCAGGGCAGCAGGGGCACUCCCAGGUCAGCCACCCAGCGAGCCAGCUAAGGCCCCGCAAAUCCCAGAGAUGUGGAGAGACUUCUGGGAACAAAGAGGAGAGGAGCUUCCUUCGCCAACCAGAGCCGGGUUUGGGGUAACAAGGAAGGCGGAAGAAAGGUUGGAUCGCAAAAUCAAGUUCCUGGCCAAGACAACUUUUGACCGACACUUGUUAUUGAAGAGCGAUCUGGCGGGGAAGAAGACAAAGGAAGAAGGUCAUGGAGUACGCCUGGAGGCUAUGGAGGUGGAAAUCCAGGAGCUCCUGAGGCAGGGGUUGCCUGGGCAGCCAUCUGCAGCAGAGCCUCGCCAGGAGCCACCUAUGGGGAGAGUUAUCCUGGAGCCAGAGGAGGCGAGAGCCCAGAGGGAGGCAGAGAGAGAGGCCUUCGAGUUCAGAGCCCCUACUGAACUCGCGACACUACCUAUAGUAGCGGCGGGCCCAGUCAUGCCAUUGGCAGUUGAGGAGGGGCUACCGCCAUCCAGCAGUGAGCCAGCUCAGGGCUCAUCAGAGGGGUCCAUGGACGUGCUCCUUGAAGCAGUGCAUACUAUGCAGGAGGAGGCGAGUUUGUUUUCACGUGAGCAGAGGAUAGAGGAGCCUCUUGAGAGAGAGAUGGGGAUUGGGACAGAGGGUGUCAUCGAGGGCAGGCCGCAGAGAUUGGACACACCUGAGUAUGGGCCAGAGGGGAUUGAGGAUCGACCAGGGCCGAGUACCCAGGAGAGGGAGACAGGUGAACAGCCUUUGGACAUGCCUCAGAGUCAUGAGCUGAGCAGGGAGGCCAGCGAAGCACCGUCGCCAGGAUCUCAAAGGGAGAAGAAGAGAUCAAGGAAAUGGUUUGAUACAUCCUGCUUCUUCUGUACAAAAGAGGGUCAUCGAGCCUUGCAAUGUCCUAAAUUCCUAAAGGACAAGGCUGAUGGGAAAGUUACAGAGGAGGGUGGCAGGAUGUAUGAUAGACAGGGCAAGAGAGUGGAGAGAUCGGCAGAUGGGGGUAGAGCUCAACUGUAUAGGUAAAACCAGGAGGAGAUGAGUGAGUAGGACUGGUUUGCCUAUAUGAUUG